CUACGUACGUCAGAUCCUGUCACAAGGUGAACAUAGACGCUUCAAAGACAGCUUUCUCUGUCGGUUGUAUUUAUUUCUAGAUUUAUAAAAUUAGCUAAACUCUCAUCGUUAUCGGAACAACUUAAAAUGGGUACUUGAUACGAUGAUUAGAUUAAUACUAAAUGUAUCCAUUUGUGAAGAAUUGGGAAUGGAUCAUCUUUAUAAACUGCCAACGUUUGCUCCUGGUCGUAGGUUUGCUAGCUAACGUUGUUAGCUAUACAUGAAGCCAGAGCAUUCUCUUCUUGUAGCUAGCUAGAUCAGCUGGCUAACUCUGCCCGGCCAGCUACGGGCGAACAACAGCUAGCUAAUCCAGCCACUUGUCAGCACAUUUCAUUGUAACUAACUACAUAAGUCUGACAGUUAACGUUAGCUAAAGAGAAUGGCGUCGUCAUUUGUGAUUGGAAACACAUUUCGAGAGAGGGUAAGAGACUUGCUGGAGAAGGAUGAGGCUUCAGUUCCAACAGAACUACAGAAAGAAUUGGAAGAUAUUCUUCAACGGGAACAGCCAUCAACUCUGUCUUUCAGAACUGCAAGGAAACUUCAUAAAUGUCUGCUCGACAAUGGUCAACCCUUCUACCUUAAUGAGUUGUUGGAGGACAGCUCAUUGCACCUGCCUGAGGUUGAAACGCCCCCCAGAAACCCUGUGCUCGUGGCUCGUCUGGAGCGAAUCAGAGCCAAGUUGGCCAAUGAAGAAUACAACAGGAUCACACGGAAUGUAAACACUCAGCAAAUGAAUCGUCGUGAGACAUUGGCGGACUUUGGGAAAGAAGUGCGCUCAGCCAAAGCUGCUGUUGUGACGGUCUUAAACUUCCUAGUGACAGUGGUGGCGACCUUCGCCUGCUCCUAUCUCGGCAGUCAAUACCUCUUCACAGAGACAACGCCGAGGGUGAUAUCUGCAGUGAUUGCUGCGUCCGUCGUCGGCCUGGCAGAGCUGUAUGUUCUGGUACGGACCAUGGAGGGAGAGCUAGGAGAACCAUAGCACCAGUCAGUGUUCUUAUCAACAAAACUCAUUGCUGGAGAACUAUGCCCUUACCUGACCGACCAGUGGACUUAAAAAACGGAAAUCAAAGGGGCUAAAUUUCCAUGACAUUUUAGUCAUUUAGCAGACACUCUUAUCCAGAGUGACUUACAGGAGCAGAUAGGGUUAAGUGCCUUGCUCAAGGGCACAUCAACAAAUGUUUCACCUAGUCAGCUCGGGGAUUCGAAACCAGCAACCUUUCGGAUGCUGGCCCAACCUCAUAACCGCUAGGCUACCUGAGUGGAAGUCGAUGUACUUCAAAACUAGUGAUAAGAAUUGUCCCACCCUUAUUCAUGAAUUGAAAACGGAUCAGUGUGAAGAUCUUGAAUGUGACCCAGAUGUAAAAGUUGCUUGUGUUUUAGCUAUUUAUUUCCAUCCAUUUUGCUUUCAUAGGGCCUGUUAAAAUAACCCCAUUUAAAAGAAAAUGUAGGAUCAUUUCCUACUAGGAUGUAUCAGGGAUUUUUUCAUACAAUAGUUUAUUCAUACUGUACUUUACACUCCUUCAGUGUGUUUCUGUGUAGUCAAUAUUGUUUGUUUGUCUACUCAAUAAAGUUAGCGGCCAUGUAAUUACAA